AUGACCUCAGUAUAGUCAACAGCUUCUGUUGUUGAAGAUGAUUUUUGAUAUGCUAACUGCCAUCCUUAGUUCCUAAAUUGCCUAAAGACUCUGGGAAAACAGGACAAGAUUGCCUUAAAGUGGGUUCCCGGACUUGAACAGGCUGAAAAACUAGCCAAAAAAGGGGCAGCUCUUUCAUCCAUGGAACUAGAUCCAAACCAACCCAAAGCGCCGGAGUGUGUGCUUAAGUUGGAAUUGGUAAAAUGGCUUGAGAAAGUUAAGAGGAUAAAUCAAUCGAAAAGGAAGGCGAAGGAACUCCUUUCGUUCAGCAGGCAGGAUUUGAAAAAAAAAUUAUCUACCUCUAUACCACUGCCCUUUUAAUUAUCAUCUAAAGAAGAUGGACAGAGCAUAGGCAGAAACAUGCCGACUCUAAUAGGAGGAAGUAGAAACAUCAGCACAUAGUCUUUGCGAAUGUGAAGACGCGGAGAGGCACCAAGGCAAGUGAUUAGAUAGGUAGAUAUUCCAAGGUAAGGUUUAUGAUUUAGGCUAUGAGAUAAGGGUUCCACAAAAGGUCUAUUUAGGCCGCAAUGGAGAACAGGAUUAUUUAUAAUUCUAAAUUAAUCAACCCAACCUUAAACAAAUAAAUAAAAACUGCCAACCUUGACUUUUGCUUGGUUUUAAUUCAAAAUCAUUUUUAUAGUUUUGAGGUUUUAUAACUGUAUGAAUUUUAAGUCUGUAGAAGCGUUCGGAAAUAAAAAAAUAUUACUCGAGUCAUCAUUGCAUAUAAGGCUACAUAUGGAAUUGACUUUGCAUAUUUAAAAUCAUUUAUGGGAAAGAUGAUUUUGGAAUUUUCCGAGGUGAUUUCAACCCUGGAGAAGUGGAAGGAAGGAAAAGCGUUGUUGAUACGCGGAGAAGGUGGCAAUUUCUGCAGCGGAGGCGAUUUGGACAUGGUCAAAUUGUUGGAUGACAAGGAAAAAGCUAAAUAUCUUCCUGUGAUCAUGACAGACAAUCUGAAAAGGCUUUCUUCUCUUCCACUCGUGACUGCUGUUUAUAUCAACGGAUCUGGGGCGAUUGGAGGAGGAUCCGAGAUCGCAGCAUCGGCGGACGUUCGCAUCAUGGAGAGAGGGUCGAAAAUCGGUUUCGUACACAGAAAGAUGGGCAUCGUGCCUGCCUGGGGUGGUACGUCAAGACUGAAACGCAUCCUGGGAUCCCACAAAGCCCUGAAGAUACUUUUAGAAGGGCGAGUUUAUGACGCGGAAGAAUCUUUGGAAUUGGGCUUGGUGGAUUACAUGGAAGAAGACCUAGAAGGAGCGAGAAAAAGACUAACUUCAUUGGUCGACGGUCUCCAGUACCAAGUCGCUCAGUGUAUAAAGAAAUCUGUGAUGUCUGAUAGUAUUGAAGAACAGGGUGAUAUAUGCUCUGAAUUAAUCGGCGGUGAACAAAAUAAAAAAGCACUUAUGAAUAGAGUGAAACAUAAACAAUAAUUAGUCCAACGGCAAAUUUGUUAUAAUGUUUAUUAAAAUAACUCUGACGUAGUAGGGUUUGAAAAAAAAAAAUUGAUUUAGUAGUAAGAUGUACCUGUAAACUUGUCUUAUCUUGGUCCGUCUAUUCUCCCAAAGUUUGUAUAUCAUCUUCCGGUAUCGAUUAAAACAAAAACAAUAGAAGAAAGAAUUAUGAAAUAGGACACAGACCAACCACUGAAGAUGGCGAAAUGCUUUCAACGUGUAAAACCAGCGAGAAUACGCGGACCAUAUUACUUCAUGAGGCCAAGUACUGAUGGUCUGAUGGUGGUGAUGCACCUCUAGCUUUGUCGUUUUCGAACAUCGGCCUACUCUCGCUGUUUUGUUCUGUUGUGUGUGUGUUUUUCUUCAUUUUAAUUUCAUCCAUUUAUGAUGGAUCUAAUCGUGAUUUUCAUUUAAUCAAACACCCGAAUGAAGAUGGCGAAAGGACGAAACUACAUGUUUCAUACGUUUUGGCAUCCCACCAUUUUACAAAGAUAAAAAAAGUUUCGACUGACGAAAUAAAACAGACCAACAAAUGAAAAAUUAAUUAAAUACGUCUUUUGUAUAAAACCAGCGAGAAUAGACGGAAUAAGGCACAUACCUACCACUGAAUAUGGCGAAAUGCUUUCAACAUACACAACCUCGCUGAUCAAGAUCAUUAAUUGUAUUUCUUCUUGAUGUCUGAUUGUAUAUAUUUUUCCCUCGGAUUAAGAAAAUGUCGGUGCUCCUUAUAUAGUAAGAAUAUUUCACUCUUCUCUUCACGAAUAUGAAAAAAAUGUUACUCGUUUAUCUAUGAUCAUUGCACACGAACCUGUUUCGCUCGUCUGCUAAUUGCGUGCAGCGUGUUGGUCCAGAAAUACGAAAGUGUGGCCAGACGCAAGUUGAUUAAUAUUCAUCAUUAUGUAAAUCCUCUUGUUAGAGAAGAAAAGCAGGAAAAUGAAAUUGUUUGCCUAAUGUGGUCCUCAGGGAGGAUCAUCGCUGGGUUUCUUGUUGCAAACCCGCGGUCAUGGCGAAAAUAAUAAAUCAAACAUACAUUUUAUAGAAUAAAACUAUAUAACAAAAACAAAUCAACAAGUUCAGUUAUUUUGACUUACCUAACUCCAUACCAAGAAGUUAAUAAUAAAUCAUAUAACACUGAGGAAAUCACACAACCGGAAAACAACAAAGCAAUGAAGCCAAUGAAAAUGCACACAUAAGAAAACUAUUUCAUAACGCAUAAAAGAGUGAAAACCUUAAAAAAAGGCCGUAAAAAUCCUAAUUUAAUAUAAUCCUAAAUUAAUAUAUCAAAGGCGAAAAUACACAAAAUCAUCACGAGUAACGGAAACGAAAAUAUAUACGACAAUACGCAAUCGGUAUGAACAAAAUGACAUUGUUUAAGGCAUAAAAGAUCCCAAAUCAGCCUUAAUUGAAAAUCAUUAAAUUAAUACCAGAUAAUCUGAGAGUUGAUGAGCUGUUGCAUUUGACCAAAACUGUUUGUGGUCCGUCAUACCUAGCUCUGCAUACCAAAGACCAACAUUGCAAGUCAUACAGGAUUAAAUUUUACUGCACUAAAUGAUUGGUAAAAUAAAUAUUAGCUUAUAAUCAAUUCAAAAUAGAGAAAUAAAUCAAAUGAAAUUAUGAACCUAAUUAACAAAAUUUAAACAAAUUUCCCAUUGAAUUUCAAAUAUUUUACUCUCGCCGCCUGAUAGUGACUCAACAAAUCUUUCAAUAAAAACCUAGUGGCCGAUAAAUUAUCUGCUACAUAAAGGAUCAUAAAUAUUUUUGACCUAAAAUUCUUUAAAAACAUAAAGCACUAAUUUACCUUGAAUCACGUUUGGUAAAUCAACAAAAUGAUAAACAAAGAAGAAAAUUCAUUCUGGUCCCCUCCUAUUCUCCCUAUUUAUCUUGCACCCCUAAAGAGCAAAUUUACAAGAAUUAAAAAAUUAAACCUGAUGUAACAUAAAUAAAUCGCCAAAUUGCAAAAGACUUCUCAAUGAAUUUUAAAAAAAUGCAUUACAAGCAGUGUCAGUACUUUUGAUAGAAAUCUAGAUACCAGCACGUGGAGAAAACAAACAAAAACCUGAGUAAAAUUGUUUAAAUUGUAAAAUUGACACAAUAAAAUAUUAAUAAUUGUUGAAAUUAUAUUCAGAAUUCAGGAAGGCGAAGAAAUGUAAUUUCCAAACUGUACCGUUUCCGCCCCUUGCUCUUUAUCCGAAAUCACAAUAAAACGACAUUACAUUAAUUUAGAGAUUUAUUCUAAUAAAAUUAUUGAUCAAAUUUCUAUUAAUUCUCCAAUGAAUUUAAGAUAUUUUGAAUUCACAAACUAAAAGUAGUCCAAGGCUUGUCUGUCUAAAAAAGGAAGAGGGUAUAUUAAAAUGUUUCCAAAAUAGAACAAUAUAACAUUAAUAUUACGUCUGGUAUUUAGGAAGUCAAUGAGAUAUUUUAAAUUCACAAACUAAAAUUAGUUCCAAGGCUUUUCCUUGUAAAAGACAGGGCAAUAGUAAAUUAAAAUGUUUCCUAAAUGAACAAUACAACAUUAACAUUACAUCUGGAAUUUUGGAUGCCAAUGAGAUGUAAUUUGGUUAAAGCCAGUCCUGGCCCACACGUUCUCACACAUUAUUGAAAUCACAAUAAAUUAUUACUACAAAUUAACAUUAAUGUUAAAUUAAUCCAUUUCUACUAGUAGUCAUAAAAGUUAGUGCCCGCUCAUGAUACUAACUUUUUCAUCUCAACCAAGACUUUAGAUAAAAAUUAUAAUUGAUGUUAAAUCUGAAUGAAUGCAUUAAGAUUAGACUGAAUAGCAGCACAAUCUAACUUAAGACAGCGUUAAAUCAUCAACCAAUAUAAGUACAGAACUAUUUCUGAUAAUGCAAGUAAUAUCAUUAAAAAAAUAAAGAUAAAAACCCUGAUGAAGA